AUGGGCUUCCCCCUCGCCCUCUGGACACAUUUCGUACAAACCUACUCCCCUCAUCAGAUCGAAUUCUGGGGCACUCUCCUAACUCAACUCAUCUUCUUCUGGAUCCCAGCUUUGUCGUACACCUUCCUGGACCCCUUAUUCCCCUCCUUCUCGGCCCGGCACAAGAUCCAACCGCCCUUCAAGCAGCCUUCCUGGCGCGAAAUCCGGCACUGCGCCCUCAUCGUCUUGCGCAACCAGUGCUUCAACAUCAUCUCCUCACUAACCCUCACCACCCUCGCCAUCCGCUCCGGCCGCGGCUCCCGUUUUGACAUCUCCGCUGACCCGCCCAGUUUUUGGGGAGAAAUGGCCUGGCAAAUCCCCCUCUGCAUCGUCGCCCGCGAGUUCAUCUUCUACUACAUCCACCGGCUCUUCCACACGCCGCGCUUCUACAAGAUGAUCCACAAGAAACACCACGAGUUCACCGCCCCGACAGCAUUAUCCGCUCAAUACGCGCAUCCGGUUGAACACAUCUUUGCCAACACCCUACCGAUUGCCAUCCCGGCCAUGGUGUUGAGGGUGCAUAUCCUGACCUUUUGGACGUUCUUGGCCAUCAUGUUGGUCGAGACGGCGACGGUGCAUUCGGGUUAUGAUUUCAAGUUGUUUGGGAUCAUGGAGAUGGCAAGGGAUCAUGAUGCGCAUCAUGAGCUGUUUAAUGUCGAGUUUGGGGCAAUUCCGGGGUUGAUGGAUAAAUUGCAUGGGACGGAUUUGUCGAGUAGGCGGAGAAAGAGGGAGGAGAAGAGGGAGCGGGAGAGGAGGAUGGGGAAGGCCGCUGGGGUUGAUGAUGAUGCGGGGAAGGUGGAGGAGCCGUUGGAGAGAAGGGAUUCGGGGUGGAGAUGGAGAUGGAGGGUUUGA